CGGCCCGCAGGCCCCGCCCCCGGCGCCCCGCCGGUGUGCAGCGGGCGGCGGAUCGCCGGCUAAUAUCCCACACAGAAAGUGAGACUGAAUAACAUGCACAUGCUGAUACUGGAGGAGAGGCUGAAGGACAUCCUGUUUUGAUUUAGCAGAAGUGUUAUUCUUUGGGGUGAAAUGAAGAAUUUGGUUCUGUUUUGGAAACAUUCUGAUUUCUAAUGCAACUGAGCUUCAGUAGCCUUUUUUUCAGUACUGAUUUCAACAGAUGAAAAAGAUGCAGAACCUGUCACUGGUAGAAAGUCCUACUAAUACAGACACACCACACCAGAUGUCUCUAAAAGACCUAGUAGUUGAAGUGGGUGGUUUGUCUCUAGCUGAAAGUGACUGUAACUUGGAUGAAAGGACAAAUAAUGAAGAAAUUGUUAAUCUCAGAGUAAUGCAGCAAAGCCUCUCUGUGGGGAAUAGCAAAGGGAGAAGUUGUGAGGGGUUUUCUGAGCGCAGUUACAGUACCUCAGAGCUCAGCGGUUCCUGGGGUGAUUUUGAAGGCUUCAAGGGGUCCUUAGACAAAUCAGAGAGACUCAGGCAUAAUCUUGAAGUUUUGGUGAAGUCAGCAAAAACUAACAGCAUUGAUAUGGACGUGAGCAGCGGACAUUGUAGCACUUCUGCUGGUCACUUUUGUUCCGAACCAUCUCUCCACAGUGGGAUACAGGAGUCUUCCAGCUCUUUAAAUGAGGCAAACCACAGCUAUGAGGAUAUAUUUAAGUUGGGCUUUCCAGAAGUCUUUGUAUCACAGUCCAGAGAGAGCAUAAGAAGCUUAGAUCAAGUACUUGAUACAAAUAAUGAAGAUGUUGGGAUUCCUGAAUUUGUGAAGAAUCAACUUUGCAUUGAUUCUGGAAACAUAUGGAGAACACUUAGAGACUUUGAUAAUACCCUCAGUUUAAGACAUCCUUGGAAUAAAUCUCAUUGCCAAGAAAACCUCUUGAGUGUUCUUGGAAUAGAUGCAAAUCAAAAGGACUUUUUGGAGAGCCAGGAUGACACUAUUGAGGAAUCAAACUUUAAAGAUAAUGAUGACUUCAGAUCUGAUGGAUUCGGUAUUAAUGACUGCAAAGCACUGAUCCAGACUAAGCUUUCUGUAUCACCAGAUUCCAGACAUGGUCAUCUUUUUACCUGUAACCUCUUUUUGAAAACCACAUCGCCAAAUGGAAACAUGCAAUAUAUAACAAUCCCAAGGAAGAAGCACAUUUUCACUGCACACAACCUAAAAAUGAAAUUUUUCAGUAGUGAUGUUUGUUGAACCAAAUGCACUUUUAAUUUUUUUUUCUUUUUCUUUCUGUUGGAACUGAAUGCAGUUUACCUUCAUUUUGUUACUGGCUAGGUACUAUAGACUACAUGAUAUUCCUUAGGAAAGUGACAUACUACUGUAUAUGAGGUACCUGAAGCCACAUUAUGAGAAGAUAUUUAUUAUAUUUAGUUGUGAAGUCAAAAGUGUAAUUUUGUCCUGCUAAGUUUUGCUGCAGUCAGGUCUCUUACAGUAAAUGCAGCUGCAGUCACACUUUAAAGAUACUCCGGUGGACUACUCUCCUAACUACUGACCUUUCAGGCCUUAAAAUGCCCCUUCAAUGAAAAACCUUGUUUCCCUGCCAAAAUCUAAACACACCUCAGGUGUGUUGUGGUGUGCCUUGUCACCAUCUCUCUUCAUAUUUGGUCCAGUUUGGAUCAGCUGAGGUCUGUUACUUUGCCACUGCUGAAUAUGAGAGGAGCCUUCUACACCUGGUGGCUUUCACUGCAGUUUAGGAAAAUAAAACUGUUUUAACUUCUAUCAGAUAAAGCCUACUGAUAAGGGUAGAGUCAGUGAAAAGUUUUGUUCUGGCAUUGGUUUCUAACUGAAAUAAAUCACUGCUAUGAAGCUGAUUUUAACAGGACUUCUUGGAUUAAUCCAGCUAUCAAACACUUACACCACGCCUAACCACGCUUGUUAAAGCUUAACAAGCUCUGGUUCAGGACUUGCUGUAAAUCACUGCCCUUUUAAAGUUUUAUUGUAACUAUCGACUAUGUUGCCCCUCUUCCUGCAUACUUGAGUGCCAGAGGGGAUGCACUUCACUGUCGUUCCUAUGAUCCACGCUGCUUCCUUGCCAACUGCAAAAGCUUCAUUUAUUCAUUGGUAAUAACUUUUAUGCAAGUUACUAAACCAUUUACUGCUUUGGCCCUUCUGAUUGAGAAUUUUAUAUGGCUUUUUAUUUUAAAGAGUUUCUAAGCACUGCAACCGAUGUGCUAAAAGCAGGGAAAAAAACCCUGGAUAUUCCAAAACUAAAUCUAUUAUUUAAUGAUGUGACUACUCUGUUCUUCAAAUUAAGACUACUACAAAGCACUGGCAGACUCCAACCCUUAAUCUAGUAAACUGUUCAGUGGUGAAAUUAAGGUUAUUAUAACAACUUUAGCAAUGUUUGUGGCACCUCAGUGCUAUUGGCAUAGGAUGAACUGUGUGUUGGUUGCUCAGUAAAUGGGAACAGGCCCUUUGGAAAAGUGCUGUUUGGAAGUGGCUCAGCAGCUUCCCUGGCCCUAGAGGCAGUUCUGCAGUGCCAGACUGAAAACUCCACGUGGAUGGAAGAGCACGGUCAACUUUUUCACUUAACACUGGAUUUGAAUUACUUUUCAAUUUCCUUUGUAUGUCUUUCAGAACACUUAAACAUGUAUUAAAUAGGUUGUAGUCAUAAACUCACAAAAAAAUAAAUUGCCAAUAAAUGAGGAAUGGAUAGUUGAGGUUGGUAAUAAACAUUGAAAUCAAGUAAUAAUCAAGUCCCAUUUUUAUGCUUUUGGAAAAGCAGGACCCUGCAAGAGGGGCUCAAGGAGGCAACGUGUAGCAUGUAUAGCACCAGCUGAUGCACCAUACCUUCCCAGUUUGCUUUUGCUACCACCAGACGACUGUAUCCAAGCUUGUUUUGCCCUGUUACCCCACAACGGGGUGAUUACAUCAUCUCUCCCUCAUAGCAGCAGGUUUUUCAGCCCUGUCCAAGGUAGACUGGAGAAAAACGCAGUUUCAGCCCUUUAUGAUUCAGUGGGAGAAAAACCUGCUGGGGACCCAAAGGUGAUGGGCUCCACCUUUCAGGUCUUUCUUUUCUGGAGAGUUGCUUUGGGCCACCCAAGCCCUUACUGCCCAUAAACAUGUGCUACACAGCUGAGACACCUUUUGUCCCCUGUCCUCAGUCUGAAAUGAACAAGUUCGUCUCUUCAGAGAAAAAGACUAGCAGCUUUGAAAUUACAAAAUAAUUCAAUUCAAUUUCAUGAUUGUGGAGUCCUGGCAGCCCUCCAGCCCUCAUCAGAAUUUGGACACAAUCGGCAUACUUGGGGGUACUCACAAAGAUAAAAUUGCACCGUUUCUCUUGACUGACAAGAGAGCAAGCUCAGAGACACAAGCCAAAUUUUAGUUUCCUGUUUUCAGGUAUAUUGCACAGUAGAAAACAGCCUUGCCUUUGCUGUUCCCCUGGGCAAUGAGGGGUGCCGGAAUCCCCUCUGGUGUGUUUUGCACAAAUAGCAGCUGGUCAUUUCCUUUAGUCAUUUGCUUGUUCCUGCCUUCCCCAGCGCCCAGCCACUGCUGUGCACCCACUCCUGCUGCAGGUGCUCCGUCUGUGAAAAUGAUGCACGGAGAAAAUAAAACUUUUUUUCUUAGAAUGCUUUAAACUACAGAUUUCAUCAUUUCUAAUCUCGGCUGUGAAAUACUGAGUUUUGAUGAACUAAACAUGUUACUGUGCUCUGUGCUUGUGGAAGGCAAAUACAACUUUUGACAUCUGCUUCGGAUUUUGAGAAAGUGAA